AUGCAUAGAAAUCCGAGUUUCAGUGGAUAUACAAAUAAGGUCAUUGAUCGACAUAAAUGGUGGCAGCAACAUCGAUUGAAGAUCAUCAUCAUAUCGUUGGUUACUUUGAUUAUUUUUGUAAUUAUUCUUUCUCUUCUGUUAAAAUUUGUCAUUCUUGCUCCAAAAAAGUCACAAACUAUUGCAUCAACGACAACUUUGACCACAACUCAACAACCACAACCUAUUUGCCAAUUACCAUUCGGUCCAGUUGAUAGAAUAUUAGCUGAUCAUAGACCAGAAUAUGUCAUAUCAAGAGAUCUUAACAGUGAUAAUAAACCAGAUCUCGUGGUAACUAAUCCGGGCGACAAUAGUAUCACUGUAUUUCUUGGAAAUGGAAAUGGAGCGUUUAGGGAUCAGACGACGUAUGAAGUUGGCUCCAGUCCAUCGUUUAUUGCUGUAGGUGAUUUUGAUAAUGAUAAUAGAUUAGAUCUAGCAGUGACCAAUUAUGCUGACAAUAGUAUUAGUAUCCUUUUUGGUAAAAGAGAUGAAACAUUUCAGAAUAAAAUCACUUAUACAGUUGCUGGUUCCCCGCAGUUUAUUAUUGUAAAUGACUUUAACAAUGACGAAAAAUUGGAUCUAGCAGUAAUUAGUUUCAAUAACGAAAGCAUAAGUAUUUUGAUUAAUGAUGGAAAUGGAACAUUUCAGAGUCAGAUAAUUACUACACUUAAUUUCGGUUCGAAGACUUUUGCCGCAGGCGACUUCAAUAAUGACAAAAAACUGGAUCUAGUAGUGGCGAAUCAUGACGGUGGAGAAAUUGGAAUUUUGAUUGGUAAUGGAAACGGAACAUUUCAAAAUCCAAUAAUAUAUUUAGUUGGUAUUAAGCCAAUAUAUAUUGUAGUAGAUCAUUUUGAUCAUGAUAACAUAUUAGAUAUAGUAGUAACCAAUAGUGAUGGUAAUAGUAUCAGUUUAUUGAUUGGUAAU